CAUUUGUUUGGUGAAGCGCGCAGCACGAAAAGGAGUCCCGAUGUCUUUCGAUCUGUGUUCAGCUUUAGGUGGGGAGGAAGAAGAGGUGAAGAAGGGAGAAGCUCAGAAGGAUGAGAUUACUUGGCUCUGGAACAAGGAUAAGGAGGGCAGCAAGUCUGACAAAGGCGACAAGUCCGACAAAAAGCACAAGUCUGACAAAGGCGACAAGUCCGACAAAAAGCACAAGUCUGACAAAGGCGACAAGUCUGACAAAGGCGACAAGUCCGACAAAAAGCACAAGUCCGACAAAAAGUACAAGGACGGACACUGCCGAGAACACAAGAAGAAGGACAAGAAGAGAAGUGAACAUUGUGAAGGAAAGAAAUCAGGAUCCGAAUCCUCAUCCUCAUCAUCCUCCUCAGGCGGAUCCUCCAGCAGUGAUGAGGAAUGAUGCUUCCUGGGAGAAUGGACUGCUCUGUUAGUCUCUUAUCAUCUUGUCUAUUUAACAAAAUGACGAUGUGCAGUUGUACCAACUCCCCUUCCUGUCCUUGCAUUUUGACAAAUUUGGCCUUGGGGAUGAAUAAAGUAUAUUUCUAUUAUAUUGUGAUGUGUAAAUGAAUCUGCCGAUUCACAAAAAUAAAUGUUUGAACACUUCUUUUUCCCAUCAA